CGCCGGACGCCUAACCGCUCUCCAAGUUUCACGAAAUUAAAUCUCGACGCCGUACCACAUUCGCGCGCAGCGUCUUGGGCCGUCUCAUAAUCUCAGUCUAGUACUGUCAUAGCAGCGCUGCUUGCUGGUCUUGCUAACUGCCAUCGCGGAGCCCCGGGCACCCCACUACCGUAAUAACUCCGCAGCCAUGGCUCUCAAGAAGCGCCUCGGUUUGGGCAGCUUGAUGCGCAGGAGGUCCUCACAGGAUGUCCCAACAGACAGCGGGGCUGACACGCCUGACGCGAAUGCCGCACGAGGAGUGAGGCUGUUCUGCGAAUCUGGCGGCGCGAACUCUGGCGAGGAAGUCCUCCACCUCCCAACUAUCGUCGAAGCCGCCGAGUCGAGCCCUUCAGCCGCCGCCGCCUCUGCCGUACAGAUUCGCACCUAUCUGUCCAAGGAGAACUAUAAGCGCCCUCAUGUCCAGUACAAUGCGAUUAUGCUCAUCCGAAUCCUGGCCGACAACCCAGGGCCCUCCUUCACGAAGAACCUCGACAAGAACUUUGCGGAGACAGUUAAGCAUUUGCUGCGCAAUGGCCAGGACCCGAGUGUUUCACAGAUCCUCAGGGAGACGCUGGAUGCGAUGGAGCGAGACAAGGCGUACGACACCAACCUGAAGACUGUGUUCGCCAUGUGGAAGAAAGAAAAGGGGCUCAUGGAAAACGCCGCAAAGUCAUUCGGUCCCCGCAAACUCAACGCGCCAGGUUGGAGCUCUGGUCAGCAGUUCCAGGGCGGUUUCGGCGACGGCGGAAGCCGAUCGCGGUCAAAGGGGCUGCCUCCUCCGGUAGAGCUGGUUGGGCGCAUCGAAGAAGCUCGCACGUCUGCUAAGCUGCUUCUCCAGCUCGUGCAAUCAACACCGCCGGCGGAGCUCAUUGGUAACGAUCUUGUUAAGGAGUUCGCUGAGAGGUGCACAUCAGCUCAGCGCAGCAUACAGGGCUACAUUGCCUGCGACAGCCCUGCUCCCGACGACGACACCAUGCUCACGCUCAUCGAGACGAAUGAGCAGCUUUCGCUUGCUGCAUCGAAGCACCAGCGUGCUGUUCUUCAGGCUCGCCGUGCUAUUGGAGUCUCACCAUCGCCUCCAGUACAGCAGCAACAACCCCCUCCGACUCUGCCACUGGUCAACGUCGCUCCGUCCGGAGUCCCAACGAACUCCUAUGAAGCAUCACUUCCAGCGCUGCCUCAGCGCCACGACGUACCAGCGCCCAUGGACUCUGUGCCACAAGACCCGUACAAUCCGUUACCAAACAUGACCCCCCACGGCGCACCGACGUCUCAAACGCCCACUGUCCAGGCUCUCAACAACAGCGCUCUACCUUCAUCUCUCCAAGCAGCACCCAACCGGCAAAGCGUUGUUCCCAAGCAGCAAGAGGAGAAUCCGUUCGCUGACCACUACACAUCAGCCUACACUCCGCCCACAAAUCCACGAUCGAACGGCUAUGGUGGCUCGCCAGACUCAUACCACCCUGGCUUUCAGUCAACACCUUCCUACAUACAUCGACAGGAGAGCGCAACAAACAACCUGACAAUGCACGGUGCAGUCAUCCAGGAGGAGGAGCGCCCGCGGACCCCGGAGCACAACGCGGCUCAGCCACGGCAACACGAUGUCUCUCCGAUUGCUGAGCGCAAUACAGUCACAUACAGAUACUAGGGCGGUGUUGGGUAAUGAGGCCGAAUUUCCAAUCAGGCCAUGCAGCGGACCAGAUGCGGACGUGAUGUGGGGGGUUAGCCCAGCUCCGGCUUUCCGAUGCAGCCGGCGGGUAACAUUUGCGCGGUCCUUUCCAUGCUGGAUACCGUUGAUGCAUGAUGCUCCAAAUCAGACGUUUGAAGUAGGCGGAGAAUAGAUACCACUUUUGUUGCUAGAAUGAUCAUUAUGCACAAUUGCACGUUCUACAUGCGUUGCAGCCGAGUG